AAUUAUACGUAUUUAAUAAAUAAAAAUAAAUACAUAUUUAUUAAUUAAUCUUUUAAAAAUAAAGUAUUUCUCUUGAAACAGAAGAAAUAUUAUUUUAUUAUACUUAAAAUGGUUAUAACUUUAAAGCAUAGUUGAUUAUUAAUCUAAAAUUUCAUAAUUCCAUAAAAAAAGAGUCAACAAUUAUAGUGUUUAUUAGUAAUCAAAUUUCAAAUUAGAUAUCUAGAGUAGACCUCCAAGAUUAAAUAAAAACAAUAUAGAAAGGUGAAAGAAAAAAAAAAAGGGGGUUCAAUAAUGUGAAGGAAAAAGGGAAUUAAAAAUCUAUAAAAAGAGACGCUUGGGGGAGAGUCAUGGGUCCACUUCCUUCAUUCUUCUCCGAUUCUUUUUCGAACUUUCCCUGAAAACUACUUCUUUCAAUCUCACAUUUCACAUUUCUCAUUGAGAAAAUGAGUUUCAUCGAUUUCGACAGCGUGAAAGCAGAGAAAGCCAAGGCACUGCAUCGUUUCCAUAGCAUUGGUUUCCUCUUCCGUAUCACGGAGAUCUGCGUCGCUCUUCUCUUACUCUGUUGGAUAUUCACUUCCCUUCCUUUCGCCGUUCAAAUCUCCGGCGAGUUUCUCCGCCGUAUCUCUUACGUCGUCUCCACUCCUCUCUUCAUGUUCGUCCUCGGAAACUUCAUCGUCGUCGCUCUUCUCACCACCAAAUCCACCGUCUUCUCCGCCGCUAGUACCAUCGACGGCGGAGCAGAGGCGUAUAUCUACGACGCGUUUAUCAGAACCGGAGAUAACCGCGCAAAUUCUUCCGACAUUGGAGAUCUGACGGAAGAGAUCAUCGUCUACGACGAUAAACAGAUAAUCAACACCGAAACUGACUCAAACUCAAAUCCCACGGCGGGGCGUGAAGAUCACGCGCAAAUAGAACCGGAGAAGAAAUCGAAGGAUCAUCCUCUUACGAAAGUCUACCAAAGGAGCAAGUCGGAAAUCUCUGCGAAACAGUGUCCAGUGACGGUGUCGAAACCUUUGCUCCGGCGAUCGGAGACGGAGAAAUGCCGGGAAAUAGUGGAGGCGUGCGAAGAUGUUCCGUUUCCGGAGGACAAUCUGACGAACGAAGAGUUUCAGAAAACGAUCGAAGCAUUCAUCGCGAAACAGUUGAUAUUCCGUCGCCGGGAAUCACUCGCCGUCGUUAUCCAUAACUAGAAAUAAACAGAGUUUUAAUAUAUAGGCAUAAACUAUGUAAUGUAACUUCGAUAUCAAACCAACAAACAAAGUUUUGUAAGGAAGAACAUCAAAGAGAUCGGUUCCAUCUCAUGUGUUCCUUUUGUUGUUUGUAUUAAAUACGUACACUUAUAAUGUUCGAAUCAAGAUUUUUCCAAAACAAAAAAAAAGAAGAUUUUUCGAAAGAUU